AUGGCGCCGAACACGGCGGCGUCCUCGGACCAGCACAGCCAGGCCACGACGGCGGCGCAAACCCACGACGAGGCGCACGAGCAGCAAGAACACCACCUGGAUGCCCACGACGUCGAAAAGGAGCUCGAGCGCCAGCGCCACAUCAUCGAGCAGGCCGCCGCCGAGGGUCACGAUGCCGACAUCCCCUCCGACAUUGGCUACGUGCUCGACGACAAGGGCGAGGCGCGCCGCAGGAAGUCGAUCGCCGACCAGCGGGAGCUGCACCUGAUCCGGACCCGCAGCCGGCACUCGCAGAGCCGCGACGUCGAAAAGGGGCCGGGCGAGGGCGGCGAGGGCAGCGACGACAAGACGGUCGGGGAGGUAGGCGAGGAGGAGACGGACCCCAACGUCGUCUGGUGGGACGGCCCGGACGACCCGCAGAACCCGUACAACUGGCCGACGUGGAGGAAGAGCCUCAAUGUUGGACUGAUCAGCGCGCUCACGCUCCUCACCCCAUUGGCUUCGUCAAUGCUUGCCCCCGGCGUUCCCCAGAUCAUGAAAGAGUUUGGAAACGACAGCCCUGAAUUGGCCGCCUUUGUGGUGUCGGUCUAUAUCCUGGGAUUCGCCUUCGGCCCCCUCCUCAUGGCCCCGCUGUCCGAGAUCUACGGCCGCACCAUCAUCUACCACGGCUGCAACCUCGGCUUCGUGGCCUUCCUGAUCGGCUGCGCCAAGGCGCCCAGCCUCGACUCGCUCAUCGUCUUCCGCUUCUUCUGCGGCGUCUUCGGCGCCUGCCCGCUGGCCAACGGCGGCGGCACCAUCGCCGACAUGGUCGAGCCGCAGCAGCGCGCGGGCGCCAUGGCCCUCUUCACCAUCGGCCCGCUGCUGGGCCCCAUCAUCGGCCCCAUCGCGGGCGGGUUCCUGAGCUCGGCCAAGGGCUGGCGGUGGAUCUUCUGGCUCAUCGCCAUCGUGGGCGGCUUCCUGGCCGCCGUCAUGCUCGUCUUCCUGCCCGAGACGUACGCGCCCGUCAUCCUGCAGCGCAAGGUCGACCGCCUCCGCCGCGAGACGGGCAACGACCUGCUGCGCAGCAAGCUCGACAUCGGGCUCAGCCCGCGCGACUACUUCAGCCGCGGCAUCGUGCGCCCGCUCAAGCUGCUCUUCCUGUCGCCCAUCGUCAUGGCCAUGUCGCUCUACAUCGCCGUCGUCUACGGCUACCUGUACAUCAUGUUCACCUCCAUCACCACCGUCUUCGAGCAGUACUACGGCUUCAGCUCCAACAUCGUCGGCCUCGUCUUCCUCGGGCUCGGCGUCGGCAACAUGAUCGGCCUGACCUACUUCACCGCCACCUCGGACCGCUACAUCAAGAAGAAGGCCGCGCAGGAGGGCCGCGGGUUCAAGCCCGAGUACCGCCUCAAGCCGCUGCCCAUCGGCGCCGUGCUGUUCCCCAUCGGCUUCUUCAUCUACGGCUGGACGGCGCAGUACCACGUGCACUGGAUCGUGCCUAUCCUGAGCCACGUCAUCAUCGGCGCUGCGAACCUCAUCAUCUUUAUGGCACUGCAGAUGUAUCUCGUCGACGCGUUCAACAUUUACGCCGCCAGUGCCCUUGCCGCCAGCACUGUCGUCAGGUCGAUCUUUGGCGCAGUGCUGCCCCUGGCCGGACUGAGGAUGUACGCCAAGCUAGGUAUGGGAUGGGGCAACAGCACCCUGGGCUUCAUUGCCUUCGCCAUGGUGCCUCUGGGACCGCUGUUUCUGAAGUACGGAGAGCGGCUGCGGACCAAGUUCGAGAUGAAGGAUCUGUAG